UUCUUUUCCUUCCCAUCGCAAUUUGGAUGCGCCUUCAACGAUACUGCUCUCUUCUUCCUCCCGCACGAAACCCGUUCUUCGAAAGGAACCGCGAAAUCGCUCAAUCCUUGCUUUCUGUGAUCGGAGGUAGAUCGCGCGCCGAGGAGAAAGCAGCAAUCUUGUCGAUUUGGGGAUUCUUUGGCGUUGUAUCUGUCAAUCGAAUCGGGGACUGAGAUCACCUGUGGAUUUGGGUCGACCUGGUGAGGAAGAAGAUCUCUUUCAGAAGGCUUCUGACCUCGCCGCCCGACCAAUUCCAACUAUUCUUCUGGUAAUGAGGGACUUGCCUGAGAGAGCCUUAGAUUCAGAAAACCCUGCAGGAAACUCAGAUGAUUCAAGAGACAAAGACCCCAUAGCCGUUGUAUCAGAAGAAAAGUCUGCUGACACAAAGUCUUCAAAGGCUUCUAUUUUGGCAAGUUUUCUUUCAUCCACUUUGGCUAUGUUUGAAACACGCAUGGAGUCUUCUUCUGAUGACUGUAAAGCGACCAAACCCACAAGCUAUGGCUUGAGUACAGCAGUUUCAAAUGUCAUGAUUAGUGGCCCAAUUAGGAGGCUUCAGGAGCGUAUACUCGGAACUACUAGAAUGGAAGCACUGAGCUCAACCAGUGAAAUUUGGCUUCUUGGGAAGUGUUAUAAUGCAUCAGCAGAGGAGUCAUCUGGUGGUGAAGAUCCUGGUAAUAGCUAUGCUGAAUUUUUAGAGGACUUCUCAUCGAGAAUUUGGAUCACAUACAGGAAAGGUUUUGAACCCAUUGGUGACACAAAAUUUACAAGUGAUGUCAACUGGGGCUGCAUGAUAAGAAGCAGUCAGAUGCUUGUCGCCCAGGCAUUGCUUUCUCAUCAUCUGGGGAGAUCUUGGAGGAAGCCCUCUCAGAAGCCAUAUGAUCCCAAAUAUAUCGAGAUAUUACAACUUUUUGGUGACUCGGAGGCAUGUGCUUUUUCUGUGCACAAUCUGCUCCGAGCUGGAAGGCAUUAUGGCUUGGCCGCUGGAUCAUGGUUGGGUCCUUAUGCCAUGUGCCGGACAUGGGAAACCAUCACACGUGCCAAUAGAGAGCAAGCUAACCUUGAUAAAGGCAAAGAAAGCUUGCCCAUGGUUGUGUAUAUCGUUUCUGGUGAUGAAGAUGGGGAACAAGGUGGAGCUCCUGUUGUCUGCACUGAUGUAGUUGCAAGACUCUGUUCAUCUUUUAAUAUGGCUCUACAUGCGUGGGCACCUAUUCUCUUGUUAGUUCCAUUGGUUCUUGGUUUAGAAAGAAUCAAUCCCAGAUACAUCCCAUUGCUACAGGAGACAUUUUCAUUCCCACAAAGUCUGGGCAUUUUAGGUGGAAAACCUGGUGCCUCAACUUACAUUGUUGGGGUACAAGAAGACAAGGCACUGUAUCUGGAUCCUCAUGAAGUCCAACAGGCUGUCGAUCUCAAGAGUGAUAGCUCAGAAGUCGAUUAUAUUUCGUAUCACUGCAGAACUGUCCGACAUGUGCCAUUUGACCUGAUAGAUCCUUCUUUGGCCAUCGGAUUCCAUUGCCGAGAUAAAGAUGAUUUCGAAGAUUUCUGCUCCCGUGCUUCUCAGCUUGGGGACAAGUCCAAUGGAGCACCACUUUUUACCGUGACCCAGUUUCCUCAACCUUCAAAAACAGUUCCUUAUUGUGAUGGAGAUAAUGUAGGCAAUUCUCGCAACUGCAUGAUGGAUAACACCUUUGAUGUGGAGAACUUUGGUGAUGAUGAUGCCCAACCCGGUGAAGAUGAAUGGCAAAUCUUAUAAAGCGCUAUGCGUGUCUGAAGCUAUGUUUGGUCAAUGAUACCUCAUGUCAUCUCCCUGCACUCAUCAACUUAGUGCGAGAAUUAUUUGGUCGAAGAAUCUGAUCUGCACUAUGCUGGAUUUCAUAUCCUUCAUACAUUCUUUGUAAUAUAUUUGGAUUGGUAUUGUACAAGUAAAAGAGUUAUUUUCUGUUC